GGUGUUUUGUUCGCUAUUUAACCAAGGACCCGCGUUUACGUGUGUGUGUCUCUCUGUGUGAGUGGGUGGCUGUGUGUGUGUGUACGAUAUCCAUUUGUGGACUUUAUAAAGUGCUACCAAAAUAGUUACAAUGUCGUUAGCCAAGCAAGCACUGUUUAAGCACUGUGUUGCCUUCGCAUGGUUGUGGAUGGCGGUGGCUUUGCAAUCUGUGCUCGUUCAAACCAUCGAGGCAGCAGCCACAGCUAUAGCUGCAGCACCGGCAGCGCCAGCGCAGGCAGCAGGAUCUUUUAAUUGUUCACAACCGCCGCAAUUUGAAAACUUUGACAUCAGCAAAUGUUGCCGUUUGCCUUCCAUAAAUCUAGGACCAGCGGUCGAGAAAUGCCACCGACAUAUAAAGACUUUAAAAUCGUUCAAUCCAAGUUUUCCAGUUUAUGCGCAUGUGUGCUAUCCGGAAUGUAUCUAUCGUGAGACGGGCUCUUUCAUUGAGGGUGAUAUUCAUAUGGAAACUGUCAAAAACUUUUUGCAGAACAACAUUGAGCAACGUGAUAAGAUUAUAGUGCCCAUUAUUGCGGCAUCCUUCCAGACAUGCAUGACCAACAUCAAAAACACCAUGCAAAGCAAAGGCAUAAAAUCUUAUCCAAAUAUCGAAGGAUUGGGCUGUUCUCCAUAUGCCAGCAUGAUCUAUGGCUGCGUUAACGCCGAGACAUUCCUCCAUUGUCCCCAGGAGAUGUGGCAGAACGAUAACACAUGCAACAUAGCCAAAAAUUUCGCUCUACAAUGUAAUCCAUUGCCUCACGUGCCGCUGCCGCCCAUGUAGUAAUCCUCGCCUAGGGAGACGGGCAACAUCACCAAUUUGGUUUUUGUUAUAUUUUGUAUUUUAUGAUUUUAUUUAUGAUAAGUAGUUUGUAAGUUUUUAAUUAGUUGAAAGCAUGUAAAUGUAUGUGUGAAUUGAUAAAAGGAUCAAAUGUAAAUUCUCUGACAUGCACAACGCACAGCACUCACACAAACGUUUGUGGGCAUACUACCCAAUGUA